CUGCCACUGCAAGUCAUAUUAGCGCCCUUUCUUUCUUCUUCAACUUCAAGUUGCAACGCCUGGCUUUCUCUUUCGUUGGAGAACUCGCUCUCCAGCCUUUAAUGCUCUCAGCUUUCUCGGCAAGCACUGCUCCUCAGCGGCCCAAUUGCACCUGGUCGUCAACUCUUUGUCGUCUCCUCAAUCCAACUGCAAGAUUCAAUCAUCCCUGGGAAUCAUCACCAUAUUCGACAACUGUCGACGCUGGCUCUGCCACUCUUAUCAACUCUAAGGAGUCUUAUUUUCGCCCACCUGGCAUUCUAUGGCGGUCAUUUGUUGCCAAAUGCGUCUACAAAGAUCUUUACGCCCUGAAUGCUCAAGAACCAAAUUUAAAACUCGAUUUCGGGCCCAGAAACCGACGUCGUGUUGCGAGAAUGAACGAAUACGGAUUAGGCGCCGUGGUAUUUUACGAGAUCCCGUUCAAUUCUCUCAGCAAGCGCGACACUUCGCCCAAGGAAUGGACUAUGGGAGGAGUUUUUGGCAAUGGCGAUCCUUCUUCUGGUACUGGGAUGACCGUGGACGAGCUAUUAAAUGGUAUCGACGUUCGACUAGUGUAUAUCCCGCUUUAUGCGUGUACUUCUUUCGUUACUGGUCAAGUAAUGAAUAGCUUCUUCCGACGACUCCAAUCUCACCAGGAAAAGAUGGAUCCUAUUUGUAUUCCCGGCGGAUUCGGUUUCAGUGUAUGUUCAGAGGGCUUCACUUUGUUUGAUCACGGGCUGGGAUCCCUAUCAUCUUCUAUACCUGCUGCGUCCCGCUUUGCUACCCCUCAAUCUAAUGCGGGAAGCAUUUAUAUGAACGUGGAUAGAGAGUGCUCGAACCCCGUGCCACUCCUUCGACCUAUACUUACUAAGGAAGGUAAUGAAGGUGCACGGAGUUUUCGUAAUAAAACUGACUCUAGUCACGAAAUCGUGAAUGUCAAAAAUACGAAUGAUGCGGACGAUCUGGACAAGCCACAACCCGAUGUUUAACCCCGCAAUCUCCAGACGAUGCCGACCCACGGCCAAGAUGAACAGUGGGAGCUCGACUGGGUCGACGCAGAGCUUAGUCUAGGUUUUUGUCACUCGGAUACCACUGGACACGAGGACAACAUCAUCCUUCAGCAAGACGAGGACGAAGAACAAGCAGAAGAGAGCUUUGUAACUGCUUUAGAGUCGCUACUCUCCGAUGAUUGUCUACCGAUUGAUAAAUUCAAGGAUGUAUCCCAAGCGCGAAGCUCCCCUAUGUGCUCUCCGGUAUCUGGUACUGUAUUCCUCAAAGUCGACGCUUCCACUCCUACGAUUGCGCCCAAUACUACCAUCACCGCCACUAUUCUAGACUCGAGACAUCCUGUUCAUGUUAAUCCCGACUUAUCUGCGCUCUCUUCCAUCACAAACCUGAAAUCGGCUGGCUC